AUGUCCGCGGGAUUGUCUGCUCCGGUCAUGUGUCCGAAUAAGAAUCCGUCGUCGAUCGGCUGCGAUUGCGAACUAGCGUGGAUCAAAUGUUGUUCAAUAACGAGUCCAAUGAGCAUCCUCUGUCCGGCCAAAUGUAUCGACCAUACAGCUGCCGCUCGCUUCAUGCUUCAUCGAGAAGACAUUGCCGCCCGAUUCGUCGGAGACUCGCUUAUAAUCUCGCGAUGCAGGCAAGUCAACAUUGAAAAGAUUUUCUGGAAAAAGGAAAUCAACGAUUCAUGCUACGAACUGACACCUGUGCUCGCCGCUGGCAAGCUCUGGUUCAAAUUGCACGGAACCAGAGAUCUGGUCGAAUCAUCAGCACAAACCGAGUGCUCCAGAAUUAACGUUAACGACAUGACAAUUCGGAAAAACGGAAAGUUCAUCGACGCGAACGAACGCCAACCACAGGAAUGUUCCAAGAAAACCUCGGAGAAACCAACGGUGCUUCACUACAGGCACAGGCCGAACGAAUCAAUAUCCGUACUGACCAAAAUCAACGCGUCAGUAAACGACUUGCCGAAGAAGGAAUUCUGGACAACGCAUGGAACACGAUCAGCGAGAAAGGACAAGAAGCAGCCCACUCCAUCGCAGGGAUAUACGAAGCCACCAAACAAGUUAUCCGAAGGCGUCGAAAUUUUGAAAUGGCACGUCAUGCAAUUUUUAUUAUGGAUAGUAUUGCCAUUGACCAUAUCCUUCUGCUUACUGUGCGGACUAUACCAAUAUCUGAAAUGGAAGUGCAUCAGGAAAGCAUCCACACCAGCAGCUGCUGACACGCUUAUGGAACUUAUCGCAAAGAGCGUCGCAAUCAACCACGUGGGAAUACCAACAGCUCCACCAACCCACACGUCCGUGGAAGACGAAUACCCGUUGGAAGGAAUAUUCACGAUCAACGCCACCGGCGCACAAAAGCUCCCUCACGUGACAAUCAAGAUCGCCGGAUACGAGUUCCGUGCUCUUAUGGACACCGGCGCGGCACUCUCUUACAUGCGCCUAUCAACACUACAAACCAUCGGAGCUACCCCAACCAUGGGAAAACGCGAAUUUCUCGAAAAUCGCCGCCCCAAUGCUGGCCCCCCAAAGGACACCGAAUUCGUAUGGUCAGAGUGUGAAGCAGCCUUCCAGAAGUUCAAAGAUGCACUAACAUCGGAACCGAUCUUGGUCGCCCCAAAACUUGGCCAACCGUUCACCAUCGAAGUGGACAGCUCCGGCAACGGGGUCGGAGCUGUCCUACGCCAAGCGCAAGACGCCGAAGGAAAAGACGUACUCGCAUAUGCUAGUAGGGUAGUCGCAUAUGCUAGUAGAACAUACAACAAACACGAAUCCCGAUACGCCGCAAUCGAACUCGAAGCAUUGGGAUUAGUAUUCGCAGUCAAACAAUUUCGACCUUAUAUCGAUGGAACGAGGACAACCAUCAUCACCAAUCACGCACCAUUGAAGGCUCUACUACGCCGACGAGACCUCGAAGGAAAACUGGCAAAAUACCAGAUUGUGCUCCACGAGUAUGACAUAACGAUCGAACAUCGCCCUAGGAAACUCAACCAGAUGUGCGAUGCGUUAUCACGCCUCCUGCCCGAAGAACCGGAACUACCCACUCUGAACACCAUCUCCACUAUCACGGAUCACAUCGACAUCAUCAGGAAACUUCGUCUUACCAUCAUCCGAUAA